AUGAGCCCUCCUCGCCAGCCGGGAGGCUUGUUUCACAGCCAGACAGGACAGGGGGGGAAAAAGAAGAAGCUGCAGGAUGAGUCCAAAUCUGAUAAAUCCACUUCUUUUUCAUCAUCUCCUUCCUUAUCCUCCACAACGUACCAAGAGCACAGCCAGACUCACUCAGCUGAUCAGAACACAGAAGCAAAUUUCCAGCAUGAAUCUGAUCCAUCAGCUGAUGGAACAAACCCCAACGACCAGGAACAGAAUGAGGAGUACGAGACAGAAGAGCAGCUGCAGGCUCGUAUCCUGACCUCUGCCCUGGAGUUUGUCCCACAGCACAGCUGGUCGAUGGAAGCUAUAGCUGCUGGUGCUGAGGUUCUGGGUCUAUUCUCCGCCUCCGCUGGCAUGUUCUCCAACGGCGCCGGAUACCUGGUCCUACAUUUCAUC